AUGAAGUUGUGGGGCCCGAGCUUGCUAUGUUUUACUGCAAGCACCAUACUAGCCGGCAACGUACACCUAGAUAAGCGAUCGCCAGAUUCAGCCGAGCCCGGUGCUGGUGGAGCGGGCGCUCCACCAGUUGAAAAAUCACCAGACAAUAUUGAACUUCCACCAACUUUGGACACAGCAGAAUUUGAUGCAGUCACUGGCCAAAAGCUCACCGUUGUCGAAUUCUACUCGCCAUAUUGCCACCAUUGCAAAAGUUUCUUCCCCACAUGGCAAAAGGCGUACCGGACAUUCAAAUCGAAAUUUGCCAAUUCAAAUACUGACAUGCGACAAGUGAAUUGUGUUGAAAAUGGUGAUUUGUGUGAACGUGAACAGAUUGAGUUUUACCCAAACAUUCUCUUAUAUGCUCCGAUUUUGGACAAGGAUGGCAAACCCACCGGCAAAUCAAAGAACAUUGGCUCGUUUCCAAGGACAUUGGAAAAAAAUGAACCGAAUUUACUCAGCUACAUCCAGGAAUCAAUAGCUGAUUACGACCCAGCUUCAUCCAGUAUGCCCUCGGCUUCAAAAGAGAUGAAUGUAGAUGAAAUGUUGAAAGCUAUUAGUGGAGAAAUCACCAAACCCAUAUUUGUCUCAUUCUGGCAAGCAAAUAAAAAACAGUGGGACAGUGUCGACCUUGGAGGGAAAUUGAGAUUUGGCGAGAAUUGUGUUGACUGCUUGGAAUCCAAGCAGCUGUGGGAUAAAUUGAGCAACAAGAUUGUUUCAUUGGCAGAUACAGGUCAUUUGCUAUGUCAAGACUAUCCCAAAAUUUGUGAAAAAUUGGAAUUAAAUCUGUUUGAAAAUGGAAAAAGGUCAUUGCCGAAAUUCAUCAUGUUUUUGCCCAAGGAUAGAAUGACUAUAAGGUUUGAUUACGAUGGCCCAAUAGAUGUGGACAAGAUGAAAUGGUGGGUCAACAAGCUAUUUGUCAAUAGUGCAUACGAGGUUGUUUCAGCAAGAGGCAUUACUGAGGUUAUGGAAUUUACAAAAGUGUUGAGACACGAGCCAUUUGCACAAAACUACCCAUUAAAGAGUAAAGUAACGGUUGUGUUUUUUUUUGAUGUGGAUAAUGUAACUCCAGAGGAUGAGGCAGUGUUGCCAUACAUGUUGCGUACGUUACAGAAGUCACCAUUCAAUAUCCAAUUAUACAAGGGUAAACAUAAGCGGAUUCUUGAGAAUAUUCAGACCCUGGGUGAAAACUUGAUUCCAUACAUCAACUACGACGAGCUGGAAAAAUAUGAAUUCAACGAAGCUAUGCAAAUCGCCACUUCGAUCACCAAUGUGCCUACAAUUAUCGUAUUGAAGGACAAUUGCUUGAUUCCGGAAAUUUAUCAAAAUUUUGCUCUUGAACAAAUGAGAAAAUAUGACGAGAUUGAAAAAUUCCUUGAACGUGCACAGUACCCAUUCAUUGGAGAGUUGACUCCUGAAUUGGUGUCGACAUAUUUUGUUGAUUACGAUCAAGUUGACGAUGUCAAAGGUGCAAAAGUAGUAAUCAUCUUUGUUGAUUUGGAUGAUUUGAAACAAACUGAUGAAGCUUUAUACAAGUUGUCGCUUGUUGCCCAUGAAUACAAUUUCUUGAAAAAGAGUUUCUACUUUAACCAAGUCCUCGAGCAACGAGCAUCGAAAGAAGCUGAAGUUGAAAAGUUGAAGGCCAAGAAUGCAGAGACAAUGGAAAUCAUGACGGCAAUGAGGAAAGAAGUUCCUCAUUUAUUCAAUAAUGACGAUGUCGUGUUUACAUUUAUAAACAAACGCAAAGUGGAAAACUUUGAGUAUGUGCGUGGAUGGAAAAUCAAUCCAAACAAUUACCAAGUUGGUGACGCCAUAGUGGUGAGUAAAGAUCAUCGAUACUUUUGGGACACUGAUCUCAACAAUAACAAAUUGAGAAACGAACCAAAACAAAUCAAACUGGUGCUAGUGUCUCUAUUGCACAAUGAUAACAAGGUGCAGUUGAAAUUCGUUGGAUCGCCAUAUGGUGGAUUACUAUACUUUAUGAAUUACGUUCAUGAUUUUGGAAUUGUGGGGUACUUGGGACUCAUUGCCUUGGUGUAUGCAUUGGUGAUGGUACCUAUGAGAUUUAGAAGACGCAAGAAUGGAUCACGGGGUAUAAUUGGAGUUAAUAAUGGAGCAUUUUUACCAAAGAAACUGAAUAAGGAUUAA